GUUGUGAAAGCAGCUGCAAAAAGGCCGGAGAUAUUAGUUCAAGUUGGCUUGGAGUACAGGUAUAUGCCUCCAGUAGCUAAACUAAUCGAGAUAUUUAGAAGCGGAACAAUUGGACAAAUCAAAAUGGUGUCGAUCCGUGAACAUCGAUUCCCUUUUUUGGUUAAGGUAAAUAAUUGGAACAGAUUUAAUGCUAACACUGGUGGAACUUUGGUUGAGAAAUGCUGCCACUUUUUUGAUUUGAUGAGACUAUUUGCAGCUGCAAAUCCAGUUAGUGUUAUGGCUUCGGGGUCUAUUGAUGUCAAUCACAAAGAUGAAAUAUAUGACGGAAAGGUUCCAGAUAUGAUUGACAAUGCAUACGUUAUUGUAGAAUUCAAUAAUGGUUCUCGUGGCAUGCUUGAUCUUUGUAUGUUCGCCGAGGGGAGUAAAAAUGAGCAAGAAAUCUCUGUUGUUGGUGAUACUGGGAAGGGAGAGGCAUUUGUUCCCGAAAGUAUUGUGCGAGUUGGAAGCAGAUCUGACGGGAGAGCUGGAGUCAAAACAUUGGAAGCUCAGGACAAAAGGAUAAAGUAUGAAGGUCUGCAUCAUGGAUCCAGCUAUCUAGAGCACCUGGAUUUCUUGGCUGCUGUUAAAGCUCAGAACAGCUCAAAUGGUUCUCCUGCUGUUGACUUGAAUGAUGGUCUGUUCUCUGUAGCCAUUGGUGUUGCUGGCCAGCUCUCCAUUAAAGAAGGCCGUUUUGUAACGAUUGCUGAGGUUUUAUCUGAUUAUUGAAACAAAUAAAUUUACAUAAUUAUUACAAAUCAUAAAUGUUAUUAAUUAGGUUUAAUUAAACAAUCAAUAUUUAGGGAGUCACUUACAUAGGAUUCAUUAAAUCCUGUAAAUCCGGAUUUAUGAAGUUCAGGGGCUCUUAAAUCCAUAAAAGGGUUUGAUACAGUUCCGAUUAAAUCUAGUUAAAUUCA